AGGACAGAACCUGGGAGCUCACUGGGGGUGGUAAACACGGACAUGAUUGAUUGAUUUAUUGAUUGAUCGAUGAACAAAUUAAACAUGAGAUUGAUGUUUGCUGUAUUGACAUUUGACACCGCAGCAUCAAUAUUGCAUCCCCAUUAAGACAUAUGGUGUAAUAUAUUAUAUAUGCAUGUUUGUAUUGAGAAAUGAAACACAAAACCAAUGUACGGUAUUGCUGUGAGACCAAACUGUGUCCCAAAUGGCACCAUAUUCCCUAUAGGUCCUGGUCAAAAGUAGUGCACUAAAUAGGGAACAGGGUACUAUCUGAAACGUUAUCCUGUUCUUGUAAAUGUUUAAACUUGUCAGUGUAUGUCUGUGUCCAGGCCACGCCCCCCCACGUCCCAUGUGCAGGCCUGGUAUGAUGAGGUGAGGGACUAUUCCUUCCCUUACCCCCAGGAGUGUAACCCCUAUUGCCCCUUCAGAUGUUCCGGCCCGGUCUGCACCCACUACACACAGGUAGGCAGCAGAUCAAACCACUGUCGGGAAAUUAGGGAGAAACUU